CACUUUGUUUCAGAUCUCCCAAAACAAACCAACGCCACCACCAUUAUCCAUGGCGUCUCUGGCCCUCACCUCCUCCCUAAAUCUCCGUCUCCGGCCAAACCCACCUCGCAAGGCCCACAACCAAUCCCCCUUCACCUCCCUGAAACCGAAAUUCCAAUUCAACAAUGAGAACAAAUGGCAGAAAUUCUCCCAUUUCACCAGCAGAAAAUUCGAUGGCAAGACUUUUACUAACAUUUCCCCCUCAACAGAACGGCGAGGCUUGAUCGUAAAGGCCGCUGCAGCGUCGGCCGCAUCACCGGGGAACCCAUCAGCGUCUUCUGUUCCAGUGGAAAUGAAACAACCCCCGCAACAACCAUGGCAAGGCGCGGCCAUGAAGCCAUUGAUUGCUUCAAUUGCUACUGGAGUUCUUCUUUGGCUGGUUCCUGCACCUGCCGGAGUUUCAAGAAACGCCUGGCAAUUAUUGGCGAUUUUCUUGGCUACAAUUAUUGGGAUUAUUACUCAACCUUUGCCCCUUGGAGCUGUGGCGCUAUUGGGAUUAGGAGCUUCUGUAUUGACUAAGACGCUUACUUUUGCGGGUGCUUUUUCUGCAUUUGGCGACCCAAUUCCAUGGUUAAUUGCUCUUGCAUUUUUCUUCGCUCGGGGGUUUAUAAAAACUGGGCUUGGGAAUAGGAUUGCAUAUCAAUUUGUGAAGUUAUUUGGGAGUUCUUCACUGGGAUUGGGUUACAGUUUGGUUUUCAGCGAGGCCCUUUUGGCCCCGGCUAUUCCCUCGGUUUCCGCAAGGGCUGGGGGAAUUUUCUUGCCAUUGGUGAAGUCACUAUGUGUAGCUUGUGGGAGCAAUACUGGGGAUGGGACUGAGAGGAAGUUGGGAUCAUGGUUGAUGUUGACUUGUUUCCAGACUUCGGUAAUUUCGUCUUCUAUGUUCUUGACUGCCAUGGCUGCAAAUCCUUUGGCUGCGAAUUUGACUUUGAAUACCAUAAAUAGGCCGAUAGGGUGGAUGGAUUGGGCUAAGGCAGCCAUUGUACCUGGAUUGGUGUCAUUGGUGGUGGUGCCAUUGCUUUUGUAUUUGAUUUAUCCUCCCAUGGUGAAAAGUAGCCCUGAUGCUCCUAAGCUCGCUCAGGAGAAGCUGGAGAAGAUGGGACCAAUGUCCAAGAAUGAGAUUAUCAUGGCUGCGACGCUGGUUCUCACAGUCGGGCUUUGGAUUUUUGGAGGUGCACUAAAUGUGGAUGCCGUAAGUGCUGCAAUUCUUGGAUUGUCUGUCCUCCUUAUCACUGGUGUUGUCACAUGGAAGGAAUGCUUAGCUGAAUCAGUUGCUUGGGACACCCUAACAUGGUUUGCUGCACUUAUUGCAAUGGCUGGGUAUUUAAACAAAUAUGGGCUUAUCUCAUGGUUUAGCCAAACUGUUGUCAAGUUUGUUGGUGGAUUGGGUCUGUCUUGGCAGCUUUCUUUCGGCAUUCUUGUUCUUCUCUACUUCUAUUCUCACUACUUCUUUGCCAGUGGGGCUGCUCAUAUUGGUGCCAUGUUCACAGCUUUCUUAUCUGUUGCCAGUGCUUUAGGCACUCCAUCAUACCUUGGUGCAUUGGUUCUCUCCUUCCUCUCUAACCUAAUGGGCGGCCUAACACACUAUGGCAUUGGAUCGGCACCUGUGUUCUAUGGUGCAGGCUAUGUGCCCCUUGCACAAUGGUGGGGUUAUGGAUUCCUGAUGUCUGUUGUCAAUAUUCUCAUCUGGCUUGGAGUUGGAGGGGUCUGGUGGAAGGCCAUUGGCUUGUGGUAGAGAGUUGCUGAUUAAACCUUAACAGUUUUCCUGCCUAAAAAUGGCUUUGAAGGUCGUCAUUUGCUAUGUAGACAGGAUGCUUAGCAUAAUGUUUCUGAUUCUUUACUUGAUAAUAAGAUUCUGAUAGACUUGAUGGAGAGGGGUUAGGGUAUGGCGGGAUAUAGAUGAUGGCAAUUUGCAGCUGAAAUUAGAAUUUUGUACUUAAAAUUUUGACAUUGCAUGGGAGCUGCAAAUUGUAACGGUUAUUUUAGACACUGUAUGACCAUUUUGUUUGGACGUUCCUUCUCAUUUCAGAUUUUUGGCUGAGGUUAUGUCUAAUACA